UCCUGGGCCCUCUCGGAGGCCGUAGCCGCGGCUCGGCGGCGGCAGCGCCGGCCACCACCUCCUCCCGAGCCGCAGCCCAGCUCAGCCUGCGGCGGCCCUGCUCUUGCUGCUGCAGCUGCUGCAGUCAUGGCUGCUGACGGGGUGGACGAGCGUUCGCCUCUGCUGUCAGCAUCCCACUCGGGAAAUGUCACUCCCACAGCCCCGCCGUACUUGCAAGAAAGCAGCCCAAGAGCUGAACUGCCUCCUCCGUACACCGCCAUCGCCAGUCCAGGAACCAGUGGUGUUCCUGUGAUCAACUGUCGCGUGUGCCAAUCGCUAAUCAACUUGGACGGUAAACUUCACCAGCAUGUGGUUAAGUGCACGGUUUGCAAUGAAGCUACGCCAAUCAAAACCCCCCCAACAGGGAAGAAAUAUGUUAGAUGCCCUUGUAAUUGUCUCCUCAUAUGUAAGGACACAUCUCGGCGAAUAGGAUGCCCGAGACCCAACUGUCGACGCAUAAUUAACCUUGGCCCUGUAAUGCUCAUUUGUGAGGAACAGCCCACUCAACCUGCAGUGCCAGUCCAGCCAGAAGGUACAAGGGUGGUGUGUGGGCACUGCGGAAACACAUUCCUGUGGAUGGAACUGAGGUUCAACACUCUGGCAAAAUGUCCACACUGCAAAAAAAUCUCUUCGGUUGGUAGUGCACUUCCCCGGAGACGCUGCUGUGCCUAUAUCACCAUUGGAAUGAUAUGUAUUUUCAUUGGAGUUGGAUUAACGGUUGGCACACAAGACUUUUCAAGGCGAUUUCAUGCAACCUACGUGUCUUGGGCAGUUGCUUAUCUCUUAGGUUUGAUUUGCCUUAUCCGAGCUUGUUACUGGGGUGCAAUAAGAGUCAGUUAUCCAGAACACAGUUUUGCUUAAAUCAACCCCAAAUCUUUGACGCAGGUGAGAGUGUCCAGUAGUUCUUGAUAAGCUCUUCAAAUCAUUUAUCCUCGUGGAUUCCAUCCUGCUUUAUAUAAUAGUUUCAAGACUUUGAGUCUUUUCUGAACAGAUGCUCACUACAGUACAGUAUAUGCAAGUUCAUUUUGCUGCUAGGUUAUCAGACUUGGAAAAAUAAAGUGCGUCUUUGUUCUUUUAAAUCAUUUAGAGGUAUUUCUGUGUCUGUCAUCACAUGUUACAUCUAACACCAGUCUUUUAUUAUGUUUAAACCAGUAAUAUCACUACUCGCUGAUCUGUGACUAUUCCCAAGAAGUGUUUAUAAAUGUUUCUACAAUAGGUUCACAUUUGUACUUACAUUUUCAACAGGAUUGCUUGCUUUAAAAAUCUAAGCAAUAUGCAUUUUUGCUUGAACUGCUUACUGUAAUUUUAACCUAAGAUUAUAGUUACCUUAUUCAGGAAAAAAAAAUUGAGUGUACUUUCAAAAACUUGACAUUCUUGUCAGAGAAACAUUUCUAGAUAUUAUAUGCUUGUUUUUUGUUGUUUGUAGAAAGAUACAAUAUUUUGGUAGUAAAUUAAAAUACUUAGGAUGAACAUGUUUGUCCACAGUUGGAUAUGUUGGAUAAAUGUCUUUUCUCUAAGAUUACA